AUGGAAAUCAUCCAGAAGAGCGAGGCCUUCAAAAGGGUCGACGGCGAGAUGAAAUUCUCCUAUGUCCGAGUUUUCGUUACGGAAGAUGGCAUCUUAUACACAGGAAAAUGGACGAACCGAUUCGAAUUACCCAAGAAGCUCGACGACCUCCACGAAAUCAAGCAAAUCCCAACUAAGGACAGGGGUCCAGAAGUGAAGAAUCAAGCAUGGUCAGCUGUGUAUAUCAAAACCCCGAGUCUUCUCUCGUAUAUCGAUGGAAACCUUGAAAAGCAGAUCACCCGCGAAGUCGAAACGUGUGAAAUCCUCCGCCGCAAUCCUCAUCCGAAUAUUGCAACAUACUAUGGCUAUAAUGAAAGCAACGGUCGAGUCGCUGGGUUGUGCUUCAAGCGGUAUAAAUCCACGCUACUUGAAGCGGUUAAUCCUCAGUAUCUGGGAAAGGCUGCUUUUCGUUCCAGUGCGCGAGACCUCGUGAGAGAAAAUCUGAUCAGUGGUCUCGAUGGGAUUCUGGCGGGCAUCGGGCAUCUCCACUCGCUUGGGCUUGUUCACAACGAUAUCAAUCCUGCGAACAUCAUGAUCGACGACGAUGACUCGCUUAUCCUUAUUGAUUUUGGUAGCUGUCGCUAUAUCGGAGAGUCCUUGCGCAAUACCGAAACGAAAAGAACGCAUCACUGGCACGACCCUUCUGUUGAUAUCUCGCUCGAGCGAAACGACUUGAACGCUUUCGAGGAUCUACAAAUAUGGUUGGCUGGAUCAGAGGAUGAGAAAUUUCUUUUGAAUGAUGGAAUCAAUGUCAUGUCCGAACGGAUAGAUGAGUGGGUUAUUUGA